AUGUCGAAGGCAGACGAAGCCGAUGAUUUGUACGCUGAUUUGUACGGUGAGGAGCCAGAGCCCACUGUGAGUGCUCCAGCACCUAAGGUAGAGGCGAGUGCAACGACAGAGCCUGUGGCAGCAGUGCCUGCGACGUCCACAUCAGCUUCGAUGACGACGACGCCAGCUGCGCCUGCAGCGCCGUUGGCAUCGGCGACAGCGCCAAAGCCAGCGGAAAUGGGUGCUAGCUUUAUCCCAGGACAGCUUGCUGCGCCGCCUGUAGACUCUGCUGAAGCACGCACAGCUGCGGCAGCUCGUGGUGAGCAUGUGGCCCCUCAGGACUUGCCAGAUGAAGGAAAAAUGUUCGUUGGUGGCCUCAACUGGGACACAGACGAAGAGAGUUUGCGUCGUUACUUUGGUCAAUUCGGCCCUGUGACGGCUUGCACAGUUAUGCGUGAUAGUGCUAGCGGGCGUUCGCGUGGCUUUGCGUUCGUCACAUUCUCCGACCCCAAGUCUGUCAAUGCUGUCAUGGUGCGUGAACACUUCCUGGACGGCAAGAUUAUCGACCCCAAGCGUGCGAUUCCUCGCCCAGAACAGUCCAAGACGCAAAAGUGCUUUGUGGGUGGCCUUCCACAAACUGUUACGCAAGAUUCAUUCAAGCAGCUCUUCCAGCAAUUUGGCCAUGUACUUGAUAGCACAGUCAUGAUGGACAAGGAUACAGGCCGGCCGCGUGGCUUCGGUUUUGUGACGUUUGAAAAUGAUGAAGGUGUAGAAAAUACGCUGGCGCAUCAGCCACUCAUGCUUGAUGGAAAGCAAAUUGAAGUAAAGCGUGCCCAGUCCCGCGGUCAGCCGCAACCCAACGCGGCACCCAACCGAUUUGUAUCAGAUCCAGCGCAUGGUAGCAAUGCUCAAGCUCCUCUGCGUAUGUGGGGCAGCAUGCCAGAUGCCGGGAAGGGUGGCGCUCCUGGUGGCGCCCCUGGUGGCUUUGAUCCCCAAGCUAUGGCUAAGAUGUACCAGCAAAUGGGUUGGGGCAGCUCGGCGUGGAACCCACAAAUGAUGUGGCAGCAGAUGAUGGCUGCCUACAUGGGUGGUGCCGCCGCUAAAGGCGGCUGGGCUCCAGGUGGCCAAGCAUCCCCUCAAAAUGGUAAUGGAUAUGGUCGCUCUGGCCCGAGUGCUGGUGGCGAUGCUGGUUGGAAUGGUCGCGGUGGGUCAGGCUCUGAUGACAGUCGCCCUGGUCGCUCUGGCGGCGGUUCUUACCAGCGCGAGCGUUCUCCCUCUCGUGGUUCACGCAACUACGAUGAGCGCGGUAGCCGCUUUUAG